AUGUUGGUCGAAAGUCGCGAGUGGUUUGUGUUGAGCCUUGAGUUACCAAGAGGAAACUGGCAACAGAAAGCAAGUUGGCGAUUUGAUUCCACCUACGAUCACAAAGAUGAAACGGGUGAUCCCAUUCCCUUUGUAUUCGUUGUUGGAUCUGGAAAGGUUAUCUCAGGUAUUGAAGCAGCUAUAAAGACAAUGAAAGUAGGAGGCCUUCGUCGUGUUGUCAUUCCACCAUCACAGGGAUAUCAGAACACAUCACAGGAACCUAUUCCUCCAAAUUUUUUUGAUCGGCAGAGGUUGUUCACAACAAUCUUCAAUCCAACCAGAAUUGCCAAUGGGGAAGGUUCCACGCUUGGCACACUUAUCUUCGACAUCGAACUCCUCAGCCUGCGGUCUCCCUGAGAUUCGAUAAAUUAUUCUGUGCGGAUAUUGGAUGCCGUUUGGAGGCCAAUCAGAAUGCACCACGUCAUUUUUUUAGUCGGUAUCAGUGCUGGGUACUACUGGGUACCAUGUCAUGUGGCGCAUUCUGAUUGACCUUCGAAUUAUCCGAUGUCCGCACAUAAUAAUUUCUCGUGAAAUCAGUUCUUGCUUGUUUUCUUUGUUUGCUUUUAUCUAGUGUUGUUGAGAGGACCCAAUCUGCUGUUUCAUAAUACAAUUUUAUGCAUUAUUCCAUUAUGGUGGAUA